AUGGCUAGUACUAAUAUGAGCGUCAAUGAUUUUGGGAGUUUGUCGUUUGGAGAUAGCCAAUGUAGGGGAAGGUUGACUGAGAUCUUCACAAAAGUGGCCAUUAAUCUUUUGGGUUUCUUCUUAAUAGCCGGUUUCUGCAAUGCUCUCCACUAUAUCUUGAGGCCAUUUUCACAACCUCGUAUCACCUCGGAUAUCUUUGUGGGAUUGAUUAUUGGAAACUUGGGGUUCGUACACAGGGCAGUGAACAAGUCAACAGCAAAGACCUUGAGAUUCAUAGUGGAUUUUGGAAUGAUAUGCUACAUGUUUGUUUUGGGCAUAGAAAUGGAUCCAUACACAAUUUUUAAGAUACCAUCUAAGGAUGCAAAAGUGGCCUAUGCAGGAAUGGUUUCCACAUUCAUCCUAGCAUGUGCCAUAACACCAUUUAUGCACUACACGGACCGAUUUGGGAUGGACUUCACCCUCUCCCUCUCCACCAUGCUUGCUAGCACCGCCUCUCCGGUGCUCACCCGCCUCAUAACCAGCCUCAAGAUAGGCAAGUCCGACAUAGGUCGCCUUGUCAUUGCCGCCGGAAUGCACUCCGAUUUCAUCUCAACUCUUGUCAUCUCCCUCGGCUACAUCAUCUACCCAUUCACGAGUAAGGACGAGGAGGAGGGUAAGCACGUUUCCCCGGACGCCUUUUCACGGUUCCGAGCCACUAUUCUAAUGGGUUGUGCCUUGCUAUUCCAAGCAGUGGUUGCAGCCACCUUGUCACCAAUUUUCAUUAACUGGGUCAACAAUGAGAACCCGGAAGGGAAACCAAUGAAAGGGUCCCACCUAGUGCUCUCUGUGGCUUUCAUGAUCUUGAUAUGUUGUUGCUCUCCAGUGUAUGGAUAUAACCCCAUUCUAAGUGCAUUCAUGGCAGGAAUUUUCUUGCCAAGAGAAGGGAGAGUGUCAAGAUGGGUGGUUAGCAAGAUUAACUACUUGUUGAGUACUAUUUUCUACCCAAUAUUCUUCUUUUGGAUGGGUUAUGAGGCUAAUUUGGGGGAGUUUGAGCUAGGAAGUCUCAUGACAUGGGCAAGGUUAUUUGUGCUCUUUGGUAUAGCGACCAUUGGGAAAGUUUCAGGCACAGUAAUCUCUGGGGCAAUGUUGGGAUUUAACUGGCCUGAAUCUGUUGCUCUUGGCUUGCUUCUCACCGCCAAAGGCCAUUUUCACAUCUACUUGGCUAUUGCUACAAACACGGCCGGAAAAACAUCUACUUCAACCAGCACAGUGAUGAUAAUAGGGAUCUUUUUCACCGUGGUCUACGUGCCGUCAAUUGUGGCGCAAAUCAUCAAACGGGCAAGGAAACGCGCGCCUACUCACCGGAUGGCGCUUCAAUUACUUGACCCUGCCAACGAACUCCGCAUACUGCUAUGCCUUCAUGGGCCUCAGAAUGUGCCUAGCACCAUAAACUUCAUGGAGAUAUCUAGAGGGAUAGCUAAUCCCGGGAUAGUGGUGUAUGUCACGGACAUGAUUGAGCUCACCAACGAAAUAGCAGCCACGUUAGUGAAAGGCGACGGACCAGACACGGUGACUGUGACAGAUAAGGCAGUGGUGGAGAUGAGAAAUCAAGUCACUGCGGCGGUUGAGGCCUAUGUGGAUCAGGAUAGCGAUGGCAUCAUGCUUAGGCGAAUGCUAGCGCUCUCUACGUUUAGUGGAUUGCCCCAAGAUGUGUGCAUUUUGGCUGAGGACUUGAUGGUGGCCCUCAUCAUAUUGCCAUUCCAUAAGAGCCUACACGCAGAUGGGACAUUAGAUGGAGGCCAUUCCGGUUUUCGGUAUGUCAACCGUAAGGUGCUGAGGAAUGCCCCUUGCUCAGUAGGAAUACUCGUCGACCGAGGUUUCAGAUUGCUUGGGAAAACAUCAACAUCCUAUGCAUCUCUCAAUGUGGCAGUCAUCUUCAUUGGUGGCAAGGAUGAUAGGGAAGCCCUAGCCUACGCGGGGCGUGUGGCACGACACCCCGGAGUAAGGCUCACAGUGAUAAGGUUCUUGGUGGACACCAACUCAGACAAUGCCUCAAGAAGGGCUGCGGGUAAUUACAGGAUCAACAUUUCUGAGCAGGAAGAGGAGACCAACCUUGAUGAUGAAUGCUUUGCCGGUUUCUACGAAAGACACGUUGGAGGCGGCCAUGUCUCCUAUUUGGAGAAGCAUCUUGCAAAUUCAGCUGAGACAUACUCAACAUUGAGGUCAUUUGAAGGGCAGUACUCCCUUGUUAUAGUGGGAAGAAGUGGUAGAGUCAACUCUGUGUUGACUUUUGGUAUGAGUGAUUGGCAGCAAUGCCCCGAGUUAGGCCCCAUCGGCGACGUCCUCUCAGGGUCGGAGUUCUCUGCCACAACAUCAGUUCUGAUCAUCCAACAACACAAUCUAAGGGGAGAACUAGAUGGUCUUGAUGAUGAUUUCUCAAUCAUGUAA